GCCCUUCCGCGGCUGUAGCCGCAGUGGACCUGCCGCUACCGGCCCCGCUGAGGAGGCUGAAGCGGCGGGAGGAGCAGGACGCGGCAGGUCCGCCCCUCCCCUCCCCACCGCGCCCCAGCCCAGCCUCCCCCUCCCGGUUCAAGAUGAACUAUAUGCCGGGUACCGCCAGCCUCAUCGAGGACAUUGACAAGAAACAUUUGGUGCUCCUUCGAGAUGGUAGGACCCUUAUAGGCUAUUUGCGAAGCAUUGAUCAAUUUGCUAAUUUAGUGUUACACCAGACUGUGGAACGCAUUCAUGUGGGCAAAAAAUAUGGCGAUAUUCCUCGAGGGAUUUUUGUUGUCCGAGGAGAAAAUGUGGUCCUCCUUGGAGAAAUAGACCUGGAGAAGGAAAGUGACACUCCCCUCCAGCAAGUGUCUAUUGAGGAAAUCCUGGAAGAACAAAGAGUAGAGCAGCAGACUAAGCUGGAAGCAGAGAAGCUGAAAGUCCAAGCUCUCAAGGAGAGGGGCCUCUCCAUUCCCCGAGCAGACACUCUGGAUGAGUACUAGACGCUCUGCUCUGCAUCGAGUGUAAGGGACAUCGUGGUCACUCUUUACAUUGGACCGAAGACUGUAGAGUUCUCGGAAAUGGUUUUAUUUUGGAUUCUGUUUCACAAUUGUGCCAUGAAGAAAUCAUGUGGCCUUAUUUUUUUUUCUCAACAGAAUCAUUAUAUAAAGGGCUAUGAACUUUUCUACACAUGGCUGUGGAGCCAGCAGAUUACUUCCACUAAGCUUUAUAGGGGAGCUUAUUCACUUGUAAAUAAAAUUUGAAUCUCAAAACCA